AUGGUCUACACUGCCAGACAAAUCGGUGCUAAAAACACCUUAGACUACAAAGUCUACGUUGAACAAGAUGGUAAACCAAUCUCUCCAUUCCAUGAUAUCCCAUUAUAUGCUGAUGAAUCAAAAAAAAUCUUAAAUUUUGUUGUUGAAAUUCCAAGAUGGUCAAAUGCUAAAUUAGAAAUUUCAAAAGAACAAAAAUUAAACCCAAUUAUUCAAGAUACUAAAAAGGGUAAAUUAAGAUUUGUUAGAAAUGUUUUCCCUCAUCAUGGUUAUAUUCAUAAUUAUGGUGCUUUCCCUCAAACUUGGGAAGAUCCAAACCAAUCUCAUCCAGAAACUAAAGCUAAAGGUGAUAACGAUCCUUUAGAUGUUUGUGAAAUUGGUGAAGCUGUCGGUUACACUGGUCAAGUCAAACAAGUUAAAGUUUUAGGUGUCAUGGCUUUAUUAGAUGAAGGUGAAACUGAUUGGAAAGUUAUUGUUAUUGAUAUUAAUGAUCCAUUAGCUCCAAAAUUAAACGAUAUUGAAGAUGUUGAACGUCAUUUACCAGGUUUAUUAAGAGCUACUAAUGAAUGGUUCAGAGUUUAUAAAAUUCCUGAUGGAAAACCAGAAAAUCAAUUUGCUUUCUCUGGUGAAGCUAAAAAUAAAAAAUAUGCUGAAGAAGUUAUUAGAGAAACAAAUGAAGCUUGGGAAAACUUAAUCCAAGGUAAAACUCAACCAGAUGAAAUCUCAUUAACUUCAACUGCUUUACCAAACGUUGCUUCAUAUGAAGAAGCUGCUGCUAAAGAAGUCCCAGCUGGUGGUGAAGAUUUAAGAGAUGCUCCAAUUGAUAAAUCAAUUGAUAAAUGGUUCUUCAUUUCUGGUGCUUCUGCUUAA